GUGUUCUGAAACGCACGCUAGUGAGGACAUUAGGAAAGAAGUUGAUCGUAGUUGUUCUUAUAUCUUCUACAAUGCCUCCCGUUCCCGUUGUUAAUUCUGAUAUUGGUGAGAAGCUUGCCAACGAAUCGACCUCGAGCGAGAGCUUAGACCAGUCGAAUUCCCUCGAUAAGACUAAAGAGCCUUUCUUGGAGGAAGAGAAUGGCGAACAGAGAAUUGCACUGAGAAAGAAUGUCUCUCUUAUCAAUGGAGUGGGCCUUAUUGUAGGCACAGUGAUCGGUUCUGGUAUUUUUGUAUCGCCAACAAGUAUCCUUGGGGAAACAAAUUCGAUCGGUGCUUCUCUCCUGAUUUGGCUCGGAUGUGGUUUGCUAGCUUUGUUCGGAAGCUUGUGUUACGCCGAGUUGGGAACUUGUAUAAAGAAAUCCGGUGGUGAAUAUUCCUAUCUUAUGGAGGCAUUUGGUAGGAUCCCUGCUUACUUGUUCGCCUGGACCUCUGUGUUAAUUAUACGGCCGGCAUCAGGAGCCAUAAUCGCUCUCACUUUUGCUGAAUACGUCUCGAAGCCAUUUUACCCAGAUUAUGAAGCCCCGGCGUACCUCAUGAAGCUUUUGGCCUGUUCUUGUCUUGGUAAGAUUUUAAACCCUUUAUUCUUCUUAACAUUUAGAGCUGACCUAGUUUAAAAUCUUUUGUUUCGAGUUACUCGCCAAGAAUGAAGAAUCGCAUGGUGCUUUCAUUCGUAGAAUCUGUCUUGUGACCAUUUCAGCUCAAAGCGUGGUUCUACGUGUCCUGUUUUGGCGGGAUUUCGUUUUUUGUAAGCGAAAUUAAAAAUUUGUUUAUAAACUCGCAAAGCUAGUUAAAACUAGUGUGAAGCCGUUCACCUGUAAACUUAAGAUUUUGAUUUUAAUCUUUCAUCACGAAAACAAAGCGAUCCUUCCUUUAGAGCAUUCGUGUUGCAUGCCAACGCACGUGGUUGGAUUUUUCGUUCUUGAUCAUGGCAGUUGAAUUUCGUCAAUCGAAUGAUUGUCGCCUGAUAUUCGUAGGGAGAACAUGUAAUUAAAUUCAUCGAAUUUUUUUGUCUCGAAAUCCCAGGAGAACUUCUGCCUUGUUUUGGUUAUAGUUGUAAACUUAAAUCAAAGGUUGGCGGUUCACGCGAUUGCAUUGCAUCAUCCAUGUUUAGUAAUUUGAUAUUCAUUUAUUUCAAAUGUAAGUUCGUCGCUAGGGACAUUCUAGAGUUGAUGUUGGAUUAUUGAGAGCAACGUGAACGCAACUUAAAGAAAUUUUAAGAUCGAUCCUUGAAAAUUUUAAUUGGACUCCAAUUUAUGAUUCGACCUCCACGAUGAAUUGUUACAGUACCCAAUAUGAAAACCGCGGUUUCAAUAUCGUUCAAGAAUUGACUUCACUAUUUCUGAUAUCAGACAACACGUUCGAAAUUGGAUACCUAUAAUUUGAUGAAUUAAGCUAAAAGGACCUAUUUCUAUUUUCCCAAAUAUCAGUGCACCUUGCUGAGCAAUUUGCUCUACGGGGGCUGUUCAAGGUCGCACAAGGAAACUUAAAAUAUAUCAAGACUAUAACGUUUUAGUGUUGCUUAGAUAUCCUAGACAUAAAAAGCGCUAAUUAUGGUAAAAUACCAUUGGCUUUUUUUUCAAUUAAUUGCCAAUUCUUCCUAUAUAUUGCUCAGGGUGUAAAAUUUAAGAAUAUCAUUUUGAAGGUGGGAAACAAUUUUAAAAAAUUGUUCAUCAAUAAAGGGGGACUGAUUCAAAAGGUAGAAAAUUGUUAGAGCUAAGAUAAAUUAAUUGUAUGAAAAACCACAAAGAUUAAAAGACAGAAAUAAAUUGCCAAUCUAUAGAUUUAGCCAGGGUUGAAAACAGUUGCAGUUUAUUACUUUUCAGGCUUUUUCCAGCUGUGAAAUUUGCUAGAAAAUACCAUUUUGUUGUUAGUAUUUCAUUUUGCUCAUAGUAUGAUUCUUGGACUUUCUUUAAGCAUGAUGCAUACAAUGGCAGAAAAGCCCCUUGAGCUCAAACACAAAGCAUUCAAAGUCUAUAACAAAAGGCGGUUAGGGAAAUGCAUAUACAGUAGGGGUUAGUUCCUAGAAGUCCACACACAAGGCUUAAAAGGAAACUAAAAAAUGUGCCAAAUGAGAGUGAAGCAGGCGUAUCAUUUCCAAGAUAAGCAAAUUAUGUGACUGUAGUUUUAUUGGUAGAGGAUAAUAUUAUGACUGGAUUCUACCAAUUUCAAUAUACUCAUAAUAAAUAUAAGUUUUUGUAUCUUUUGCUGAAGUGAUAAAUAAUAUUGAGGUUUCAGUAAUCUACAUAUACGUGCUUCUAGAAAGUUGACAAUUGACCAGAAUUUGAUUAAGAUCAAUAAAUCAACACAGCAAAUUGUAAAAAGGUACUGCGGCAUUCAUUUAUCUAUCUUUAUCAAUCCAUGGCUAAUCAUGAGCCAGGUGUCUCACUUCCCUGCUGACAUAGCACAACAUUUUCCAAUUAAUCUGUGGCUCACAAGCAAUAAAAAUGUACCCAGAGAAUCAAAAGCACCCUUAAAUAAAUUUGAAAUAGUUCAGUUGUGCUCUGAUAUUUUUUCUGCACUCUUCUGAUACAAAUUUAGUUCAAAUUGGUGUGAGAGUCUUUGUGCCCCUUUAUUUUAAAAGCCAAUCUUAGCUAGCAAAUACUUAGAGAGUGGGUACAAGAAGGGGAAGAAACUGUAAUUUACUGUCAGUAACAGUUAUUUUUGUUAAAAUACAAGGGAAAAUCUUAUGACUCAGGAAUAAGGCCUUACAGAUUAGUGAGUUUUCCUUUUUUUGUUUAGACCUAAAUGUCUCAAGUUUUCUUAUUUUAAUGUUGGUAAUAAUGUAACUUUGCUGAUUCCUGUUUGACAAUUGAAUACAACAACUGUUAUUUUAUGCUGAUACUUGGUUGGAAUAAAAAAGUGCAAAAAAUUGAUAGAUUCUGACUCCAAUCUUCUCUUGUGAUCUUUGCAACCCUCAUUUGCAAACUUAGACCUGCAAAUUAUUAAUUUUAGUUCAAAUAUUUUAGUUACAGAAUUCAAUAUUUUUAUUUUUGUUUUUUUUUCCUGGUUUUAGUGAUCCUCUUGGUUAUAAACUGCUGGAGUGUAAAAUGGGCUGUAAGGAUACAGGACAUCUUCACAUAUGCCAAGCUUCUUUGUAUUGUAAUGAUCACUAUCAUUGGAUUUGUAGAACUGGGAAAAGGUUUGUUUGAAGCAGGAUGUUUCACCUAUUGUCCACAUCAGUUCAUGUAGUUCAAAGUCACUUUGGAGCAUUACUAGGAGCUCCUGGGGUGCCUGUGGCUCCCUUUUGGCAGAAAAUUUCUUGCUUGUUUUAAGUCAAAAUUAUACAGACCUUGGUGAAAAUGUGAAACAAUCUAAAUGUUAUUUAGCAUAUAUCUUUUUCAGCAUUAGAUACUCCCUUACAGCACAAAUACUUAUACAUAUAUUUUUAAAAUAUCCCCUGUCACGCCCUACUUUUGUGGUCAUUAUUGAUUGCUUCAAUUUUGAAAAACCUUAUCGUGAACCAUCCUAAAAUUAGUAACUAGAUGUGCAGACACACACUGUAAAGAUAGAAUCUCAACCACAAUCAAUCGUAAUUCCAAAUGUGUAGAUACCAAAACACAUGCAAUGAACUUUGUGUACCAAAUCUAAAAAUAUAGCUUAUCAGGUCUCAAUGUGCUAAAACUGAGUGGGGAAUUUAAAUAUCUCUCAAGGAAAUAUUUUUAACCCUCUGUUUCCUGUGAGAAACCAAGAGGGAAUUUUCAUUUUCAUUAUUAAUACAAUAUCAGGCAGAGAAGUGAUGAGAAAAAAUAGAAAUAUCAACAAGGGGAUUGUUAGUUGAUCCAAUACCAAAUUCUCCAAACUCACAUCAUCAUAAUUGUGUGGUAGACAGUAAGGAGGGUCACUAACAGGAUCUUGUAAGUGAAAGGGUUAAAAACCUUUUCCCCUUGAAGUACUUGCAUAGGACAAACUGAUUACAUGUCCUUAAGACACCCCAGUUAAAUCACUACAAUUAUCUCAGGUCUAAAUUAAAACUUCCAUUCAUGGUUUUCAUUUAGGAAAGACAGAGAGCUUUAAAAACAGCUUUGAAGGCUCCACAACAAAUAUUGGAAAGAUUGGUAUGGCCUUCUACUUGGGUCUGUGGGCGUACGAUGGAUGGUGAGUAGAAGUGCUUUUUAUCAAAUUAUAAGAAACUUAAUUGGAACUCAUGUGAUUGUACUAAAAAAUUGAGUUUAAUGACCUAACAUUAAUUUGCGUGAUAUUUUUUUAAUUAAAAGGAACAACCUCAACUACUGUACAGAGGAAAUGAAACACCCAGAAAAGUAAGUGCUUGUUGAAUGUUUCUCAGUUCAUCAGUCCUAAAAGUUACUGCCAGCCAGGUACAGCUUUGGGUCAAGUUUCUGCUCCUAGUUUGAAGAUAGUUUUCAAGUUUUCAAAUACAAAGUAAAAUGAAAUGCAGAUACAGAAACCUACAGAAGCAAACAUCCAGUAUGUAAGAAUUUGCAACCAAAUUUGCAGGUUUUCUUGUUACAGUGUUAUGAAUGAGGCAUUGUUACAUUAUGCUCAACAUCAAUAAACAUAAACAUGAAGUGUAUUCUAUUGAAUUGAUCAGUAUGGCAUUCUUUAAAUGGUACUUUUCAGGGAUAUGCCGAGGGCAAUAGUGAUUGGUAUCUCCCUCACAACUGUAUGUUACCUUUUGGUCAAUGUGGCAUAUAUUACGGUCUUGGGAGCACCUGGUAUCCUAGCAUCAGAUGCAGUGGCUGUGGUAAGUUUUAUGUGUAGGGAUUUUAAUGGUUUAGUGUAUACAAAAGUUUUCAUUUGAGACCAAAGGCUGGCUAUUAUGUUGUCUCCUUUCAAAAUUGUUUGCUUCUAAACCUUCUCCUUUGUAGCACCUCAGGAAAUGUACAAAGAACAGUAUGGAGAUUAUGCUUACUGAUGUUAGGAUGUUUUCUAUAUUACUUCUAUAGAGUGUUGGAAACUUGUACCUUGGUCCAGUUAAUUGGAUAAUUCCUGUCUUUGUUGCAUGUUCAACUUUUGGAGCUGUAAAUGGCCUUCUUUUUACUAGUGGGAGGUAAGUUUCAGUUGUACUUAAACAGCUUAAUUAUACUACUGUUUUUUGACAGUUUUUCAUUCACAUGAUAUGUGUUGUUAUGAAAUAACUGACCCACACCUACCCUCUGAUUGGUAAGAAAUCUAUUGCUUAAUGAACCAUUAAACUGGGCAAUUUUGGAGGAGCAAUAAGCUAUUCUUUCCGUUGGUUUAAUACUUCUCUUGAUUUACUUCACAAAUGCUAUUUUUUAUUUUAGGCUGGUGUUUGUUGCUGCAAGAGAUGGACUAAUGCCUCGUCUGUUGGCCAUGAUUCAUGUUAAAAGAUUUACCCCUCUCCCAUCUCUGUUUUUCACGGUGAGUGAAUCAGCAAUUUCAUCACUAAACAUGAGCCUUACCAUGAAUGCAGCAAGAAUUCUAAUUUCCGGACUCUUCAGUUUCUAAAAAAUAAGAAUUUGAAGCAAUACCAAUUUCUGUUCCCUAUUCAGUCUCUGUAGUAUUAAAAAAUUAGGCUGCCAGCCAAAAUUUCAAAUGAGGCAGCUCAAGGAUAGAGUACCCUUUUUCCUUUACCAAACAAUAGCCAGCCAAGAUCCAGCUGGCACUUGCUGUUUUUUUUUUGUGUGGCAUAUUUUGCCAACCCUGUAAGAGAACCUGAAAGGAAGCUUAGCCCUCCUUCCCCUGUUCACCAUCAGCAUUGCCUGGUCGUAUGCACAAUUCAGAUUAUUUUGUCAUUUUUCUGUUAUAAGACUUAAAUUUUACUUUUUUUUAUUUCCACCAGACUCUUAUCUCUGUGAUCAUGUUGAUUCCAGAAGCAAGCAGCUUUUCAAGUUUGGUGGAUUUCUUUAGCUUUGCGGCAUGGCUAUUUUAUGGGGGAACAUUUGCAGCUCUUCUUUGGUUGCGAUACAAGAGACCAAACAUGAACAGACCCUACAAGGUAAGCUCACUUAUCAACACCUGGAAGUGAAGAGAACUUCUAUAAGUGAGAUGUUUAGAAAAAAGUGAAGGCAAAACUGGUUUAUUUUCUGAGUUGUUUUAUAAUGGUCUGGCAGUGGUUAUUUUUCCUAUCAAAGCAACAAUUUUGUUCGGUUCACAGGGAGUUUUAUAUUUACAUUGGACUUUCAGAAAGGGUAUCAAAUAAUUGUUGACAGUAAACCAUAGUCUUAAAGCCUUGUAGUUGCUUUAUAAACUUGAGCCAUCCUUUCACAAACAUUAGUGUUUUUAGACACCUUGUCUUUCUCACUGGGUGUUUAUUUCUUAUUUUCAACCAAGGUUUAUUCUAGAGCGCAACUUUACAGGAUUUCCACAAAUUGGAAAGAAAUGCUGCAUAAAAUUUAUGUUGCCGCAUCAAAUGGGGAGCAAAAUAAAAAAAAAAAUUGCCUGGAUUGUUUCAAGAUGACGGCAUUGAAAAAGGCUCCCUAAAAUUACUGAUAGGACUCAUUUGCCCCUCAUUGGCCAAUUUCUAGAAUAAACUGUGUGAAACAAUGAUGAUUUUUUCUUGGCUUGAUUUACAACACGUAACGGCCCUUUUCUAGUUCUCAUGUGUCUGAGAUAUGGUGCCAAAAUUAGGGCUCAAGAAUAAGGCUAAGAGCAAAGUUGCUCUUGACAGUGCCAAAAAUAAAAACUCUUAAGGGGAAUUUUCUGUUCAUUGUAUCAAAUCUGUUCUUCCCUUUCCUUUGCCUAUAUCACAUAAGUGAAUGCCUCUCUCUUUCAAACAAUUUUUUACUAGCCCACAUUGCAUUUUGAGAAGUCUUGGGCAGGCAUCAAUUUUUCAAUAGCACAGCCUUUUUAUGUUUCAUACCAUUGAGAGCCACUUCACACUAAGCCUCAUUCUCAAGCCUUAAUUUUUUAGCACCAGACCUCUGACUCGUGUAAACUUAGAAAAGGGCUUUUGAGAAGUGAAUGUCAUAAUUUACUAAUUUUCUUCCUCUUUUUUAUUGUUUCUCAGAUUUUUUUACUUGUACCCAUUUCAAUGCUGCUGGCCUCUAUUUACCUGGUGGUGGCUCCAAUCACAACUGAUCCUUGGGGAUCACUCAUUGCUCUGGCGGUCAUUGUAGCAGGUCUUCCUUUUUAUUGGCUGUUUAUCGGCAGUGAUGUUGCCCCAAAAUUCAUCCUCGAUGCUGCAGGUAAAGGCUUCAUCUUCUUGAGGAACUACAGUUUUGAAUUGUUGUACUCCUUGCAGGUAUUAUAAUUCCGAUGUGAUGAUUACUGUAGCUGUGCAAAAAAACUAGUGAUGGUUCUGCUCCUAAAUUUCGUUCUCAAACUCAUUGGGAUAUUUUAGUGUCACUCUGUGAAUGUAAGUCACAACACUGAAUUUUUCACCUUUUCUUAACCCUUUCACUUCCAGAAGCAAUCAAUGAGUAAUUUCCUAGUGCAAUAUCAGCACAAUUUCAGGCAGAUGGACAAAGACAGUGGUAUAAUUUGAUGUAAUCCCAACUCUCACUAUUUGCAGUAGAAGAAAUACAUAGCAGACAAAAAGGAAAAUUUAUACAUUGAUAUCUUGUGAGUGAAAGGAUUGAACAGGCUAAAAUCUCAGGUUGUCCAUUUUGAAAAAUAGAGCUCAAAUUUUCCAGGAUGGUUGUUGAAAAUCUGCUUUACUCUUCCAAUCUUUGGCCAUCUCUGUCCUCAUUUCUGUUUUCCUUCAUUUUUUAAUGUUUUUCUACUCUAUAGAGCUUAAUUUUUUCUCAUACUCCAGCACUCCAAGCUGCAACCAUUUUGGUUGCCUUUGCAAGUCAAAAAUAUAUUUGGCAACUAAAAUUUCAACAAAAGUUGCACAUUGGUGACCAUCAAAUUUAGAAAAUUAAAGGAAAAAAGGAACAUGGAAAACUUAUCAAUCCUUUGUACAAUUAUCAAACAAACUAACGUCAAUAACUCUUCUUUCUCUUUUCUCUCUCAUUACUCCAUAAUUUCCAACUAUGCAUAAAAUCUAAAAUGAGUAGCCAUCAAAUUGAACUGUUUUAUUGAGAUAAACUUUGAAUGUCAACCGGAAUUUUUUCUAUGGUGACUAUUUCACAAUUGACGUGGCCAAAAGGGACUUUUUGAAAAAUUGAGCCUGGAGCCUUCUACACCUAUAUUGAAGGUAUUUUGAAAAUGCAACUCAAAAUUAAUUAACCCUUUCACUCCCAAGACCUCAUUGGUAAUUCUCCUUACUGUCUGCCAUAUAAUUCUUGAUGUUGGUUGAAAGAAUUUGAUAUUUGAUCAACUAACAAUCCCCAAAUUGAUGUUUCUUUAUUUUUAUCACUUUUCUGCUGGAUAUUGUAAUGAUAUUGUAACGAGAAUUUCUGUCUUGAGCAGUCACCUAUGGUCAUUUACGAUCAUUUCAUUCCAGCACUUAACCCUAUUUUCUAAAUGUUCCUCUUUUACUCACUUUUACAGAUGCAUUCACUUCUUGGUGCCAGCGAGUGGGAAACAUGGCCUUUGAGGAUCCAGACACUCUUCCAGUCCAAGUCUAACUCAAGAAAUUUUAUUCAGUAGUUAAUGUUUCUUCUUUGGCAUUGCUAAAAUGCAGGUUAGCUGGUAAUGAUGGGGGUUAACAUAUUAUUCAAUCUACUAUGCUGUGAUUGCUUGGCAAUUUACAGAAGACCUGAUGGCAUUAUGGUUUGUUGGCUUAUCUUCAGACUGAAAUGUUUGAGUACUACUUGGGUCAUUGUGGUGUGUUCUUAGGCAACACACGUUACUUUUGUGGUACCUCUGUCCAUCAUUGAGUUUAAAUGCCUCCCUGUCCACUUACCUAGCAUAUGUCUUUCAGCAAUACCACUCCUUAUUUCCAUAACCAUUCGUAGGAUUAGUUAAUUUAUGCAGCAGAAUAUUGGCUUCAGUAUUGAAUAAAAUAAAUAUUAUUAGAUUUGACAUUUAGCAAGUAACACCUGGAAUGAGACAUUCAUGAGAAGUGUCCAUAUGAGAGAAUCCUCCAGCUAUUUUUUCUUUUAAAAUGGAACCAUAGUACAUUUUCCUGUUACUUUGUACUAUUUUCCAGCUGGUACACUUCUUAAUCUUUUACACCUUAAUGUCAGUAUGCAUCAGUAGUUUUGACAAGAGAACUUGUGUCACAGUUAAGAAGUUAAGUUGCUUAUCAUUUCCUUUAUUCUGGAGACCCAAUGUUUGAUUCAGGGGUGAUAUUGUUAUGAGAAAUUAUCUGCAAGUCACCCUUAGGAGUCAAAGUGUUAAAGAACUGUGGAGGAUACUUCUGAAAAGUAUCAUAGAUUCACAAAUGCUCUUAUACCUGUUACAGGUAGUGUUAAACGUUUGAACUUUUGUUGGAACAAAAAAUUGUUAUGUCAAGGAAAUCUAGAGAUAUUUACAUAUAUUAUUAGAAAAAACCUCUCUACACUUAUAUGAAAGAGAGAACAAUGCUUACUUGUUCUUUUUCAAGUAUGUAUAUCCUUUGCAAUUUGAUCAGUUCAUCAAUUGUAGUGAAGCUUUAGUGAGAUAGUUAGGUUAUGCUGCUGUUCAAAUUACUACACAAGAAAAGCUUACGUUUAAAAAGAACCACUGUUAUAAAAUAAUCGUUAGUAACACGUCAGAGCUCAUCUCGCUUUGUGGAGAACGUUUAGCUGGGAUGAAUGUAUAUUAGUUACACAUAAGAAUUCAUUUACCUGCUCUAAGUAGAGUAAGUUCAAAAGAUUUAUUGAAAAAUCUUGUAUAUCUAAGAGUUGUAAGUAAUCCUUCGCCAGGAUUUAAGUUUAGGUACACUAUGCUGCUAAUUAAUCGUUAAAUGCAGACACUGGUAUAACAAGUGUUAAAAAAUAAAACAUGCUGAAAAAUUUGAUAGCCUCCCUCUCCCAUCUAGAUUAAGAGCAUAGGGCAAACCUCACAAAUAAUGUAAAAUUUUUCUAGCUCCUGUAUGAAAAUCGGCGAGGAAAUGCAAAUGAGUUUCAGCUAGAAUCCUAGA